AUACGCUGAAGGCAUUCUGAUCCCAGGGUUGUAUAUAAAAGGACGCACUGCGUUUCCGAGUCUGCACUGUUCUUUCCCGUCAGUCCAUUAUGUCUUCCGGAUAUAUAGCUAAAGUCGCGAAGAAAGGCUUCGGCGAGGGCACCAAUGAGCUCUACGACAAAGCUCGUCCAAGCUAUCAAGCCCCUGUAAUCUCCUAUAUUCGCGACUGCAUCAGGACGGCUGAUCCAUUCAGCAUCGUCGAAAUCGGGUCGGGCACGGGCAUCUUCACUCGUGCCAUGCUCUCACACCCGUCGUUCGCCAACUCCGUCAAGGAGGUUAAAGCGGUUGAGCCUAGUGAAGGCAUGCGGGACUUUUUCAUCAAAUCUACCGUUGAAACGGACCUAAAAACCAGGGUAAGUGUAAGAGAGGGCACGUUCGAUAACACCGGCGUCGAGGGUGGAGUUGCGGACAUGAUUGUCAUGGCACAGGCGUUCCAUUGGUGUGCUGAUGGUAUUCACGAGGCGACGGCUCAAGAAUUUGCAAGAAUUCUGAAGCCGGGAGGUAUAUGUGUAAUGCUCUGGAAUCGAGUGGAUAGUAUCUGCCCUGCCUGGCUCUCCCAAGUUAACGAGGUAGUCGAAACCUAUAAGACGCCCGACCAGAUGUCAUCCCGCACCGAGCAAUGGAGGAACUUCUUCAAUACACCAAUCUACUCACAAUUGUUUGAAUCGCCGACCAUAAAAGAAGAGUGGCCUAGCGUUCUGCCUGUAACAAAGGAAGUCGUUAUCCAACGGACGAUGAGCGCGAGUAUGUUGGCCGUACAGACCGACCAGACGAAAAGGCAGGUCAAGGCGAAAUUGGAUGAGAUACUGGAGAGGGGAGAGGAGACGAAGUGGAUCGACGAGGGGAACGGGGUCUUCGAGAGUCCAUAUAAGACACUGGUGGCUGUUGCUAGGAAGAAAGGGGUUGAGUCGUUGUAA